AUGGUGAUCAGCGACAGCGAAUCACCUCAAGUCUCAGCCAAGCCUGAGCAACCCAAAUAUGAUUUUCAAGCCUCAGCCAAGCCCGAGCAACCUAAGUAUGAUGAUCCUAAUAAUCCUCUCUACCUUCAUCACUCCAAUCAACCAGGGGUUGUCCUUGUCACACAACUCUUGAAUGAUGAAAAUUAUCCAACCUGGAGUCGCUCCAUGCUCAUGGUGCUCAACACCAAGAACAAAGAAGGUUUCGUCGAUGGCACCCUCAAGAAGCCUCUGCGUGAUUCUUCCACAACUCUCUAA